CCACCGCGCCCCGCAUCACCUCGCACUCCACCACAGCAAAUUCAACGCGCUCCCCCGACCGAUCGCUCGCUACCCGCGCGCGCGCGCAGCACGCAGCAGCCAGCGGGCGACAUGAACCGCCUGCACCACCACGGGGUGAUGCCGCCGCCGGGGACGGGGCAGCUGGCGCGGUACGGCUCCGCGCCGAGCUCGCUCCUCGCCGCCAUCGCGGACUCCGUCACCCGCGGCGGCGACGCCCACCCGCCGCCGCCGCCGCCCGUGAGCCGGUUCUACUCCGGCGAGUCCUCCGGGCUCACCUCUUGCGAGUCCAGCUGCCGCACGGACGGCGGCGGCGGGCGGCCGCUCGAGCGGGCGUACGGCGGCUCCGGCGAGAUCCGCGUGCCCCCGCCGCCGCUUCAGCAGCAGCAGUCGCUCGCGCCCCCGGGGCCUCCGCACGGGCUGCUCCGCCACAGCAGCUCCCCCGCCGGGCUGCUCUCCCGCCUCAUGGCCGACCCGCACGGCAUGGCUCCGACGAGAGGUAUGGGAAGCUACUCGCAGGCGGGCACUGACGCUUCGAUGGCGCACGGCCACAGGCAGCUCAGUUCGCAGUGGAGCUUCUCGAGGCAGGACCUGCCGCAGAUAUCGGAGAUGGGGAUGAUCCCCGACAUCGGGGAGAGCAUCGUCGCCGGCGGGUGCAACAGCUCCAGCGACGGCGGCGGCGGCGCGCAGUCCUCCUCCUACCUCUCCCGGAACUUCUCCGUCAGCUCCUGGGACGACACCAACUCCAUCAUAUUCUCGUCCUCGAGCAAGAAGGCCAAGCUGGACCCGGCCGACGAAAUGGUCACCAGCUUCAGCAACAUCGACUCGCAGUUUGGGUUGUCAAAGUCGUCGCUGGAGAUGCCCGGCAUGGAUGAUUACCUGCAGCUGCAGCAGGAUUCCAUCGCUUGCAGAGUUCGUGCAAAGAGAGGCUGCGCGACCCACCCGCGAAGCAUCGCUGAGAGGGAAAGAAGAACAAGGAUCAGCAAGAGGCUGAAGAAGCUGCAGGAUCUUGUGCCUAACAUGGACAAGCAAACAAAUACGUCAGACAUGUUGGAUCUUGCUGUAGACUACAUCAAAGAGCUGAAGGACGAAGUUGAGAAGCUAAAACACGACCAAGCGAACUGCUUUUGCUCAGGCAAUCAGAACUGCUGACACUGGAGAAGCAAAGGAUAUGAUUUUCGAGCCCCAGUGUUUGCUUCAGAAUAACUGGCUGCAGCAAUGCUUAACCGCUUCCAUGACUCAGCUUUCCCUUUCAUGGUUGUACUAUGGAUAGCGUCAAUGGCUUCAAGACUAGGAGAUGACACGUAGGUUAUCAUAAUUCACAUCCUGUGAAGCGGUGUCUUGUGUGUAAAAAUUCCUCCAUUUCAGCGCGAAUGGGAUUGCUGUUGAUAAAAUUAUUGUAGGAAUAAUUUUUGUGCUCUUUUGUCAUCGAGCUCAAUUUUGCAAUUUACUAAUUUUUGAGAAGACCGUAACUUGGCACUAAUGCUAAUGAUUUGAGAA